AUGUACGACCCAGUAGAUUCAUCUGGCAUGCCCCUUCGAAUAGCCGACUCAGCGCCACGCUUUGCAGGCGAUGGUACUCAGCUCGUCAACUCCCUGGAGUCAGUAGAACGACUCGUGCAACCGCUUGGUUUAACAGACAAGGAGAUCAUUAAGAAUGCCUUGAAGUAUACAAAUUUGCUGAUCACAUCUUGGAUUUUUUGGCCAGAAUGUGGUGUUUGCCACUAUACUCGCCCUAUCUUCGAAAAACCAGCUGCCAUUGAAGCACCCCUUGCAAGCGCACCUCCACAACCAGAAUGCGCUCAAGAGCAACAAGAAGCCGAAGCCAUCGCACCAAUAGCUGAAAUACGCGACACCAUCUCCGCCCCAGCAGUCCUAGAAGCGCCCUUCGACAUCAUCACCCAGCCAUCAGUCCAACUUGAAGCGUGCAUCAUAAGCGCACCUCAAGAGCCCAUAUCCACACCAGAAUAUCCAUCAGCCAAAGAUAUUCCGCCCAAGCUCGAAGUAUGCGAGCCUAUCACCGUCCAAAUCCUCCCAGAAGCGCCUCUGGAGGAGAUUAUACCGCCAUUAGUCAGCGAUGACUUAAAACAUCUAUCCGCUGUCAUGUCGCCUAUUCCGGAGCCUUCUGAAGCACCAGAGGCUAAUAACGCGCCGCUAUCCGACCAGGUUAUGUCCCUGGAAACUCUGUCUGUCGCUGACACAUCCGUGCUCGUCGCAUUUUCUGCACACAGUGACUAUUAUCCGCAGGUGCAAUAUCUGUGCACCAUACCGCCACAAGUCAGUGAUGACUUUAAACAUCUAUCGUCAGUCAGCGAUGACUCUCAACAUCCAUUGCAUCCUAACGCGCCCAUUCCGGAGCCUUCUGCGGCAACAGAGGUUCAAAACGCGCCAAUUUCCGACCAGAGCAUGUCUCUGGUAACCCCAUCCAUCACUGAUCAUUCCACGCUCAUCGCAUUUUCCACUUACAGUGACUAUCGCUUGCCGGUGAUGAAACAUCCGUGCAUCACAUCGCCCAUCCGCCAACUAGAUCAUGUCUCAAAUGACUCUGAUGUGCCUCCAGCGCGCUGCCACACACCUGAGGUCACGCAGGUCAUGCACCUAGAGGCAUUGUAUAUUCAUCCUCGUUCUAUGUCGCAUUUCUCGUCUAUCUCAUGUUUAAAGCUCUCAAGGAGCCAGACACUGUUUCCCAUUAUUUCGCCUUUAUCUCCGCAUCAUUUUAUUGUUAAUUCAUCGUUCAAGCGCCGCAUUCAUGCGCCACACGCUUAUAUUCCCGCGCUAUAUGCGCCUAUCAUUGCAGAAGAGUUUUCCUGUUAUCGCAUUUUCAUCAUUUCAUCAGUCUUUAGCUGUGUUUUCUCUCAUCCGGAACCAGUCUCAUUUUAA